UCGGAGGAGUUUCUCUCUCUUCGGGGAUUUCAUGUUUUUCUUCUGAUAGCAAAUUCUUCGAAUUUGGGGGCAUCGAAACCCUAGAUUCGUCACCAUUGUUGAGAGGGAGGCUGCUGAAUUUUUAGAACUACUUUUUGAAGAAUGGAUUUGGAAGAUAAAUUUCUUGCUAAAGUUUCUGGUGUUCAAAGCCUUUCAUCCAGUGUGCAAAGCACUCCUGAGAAGAAUGGGCAUUCUGAUGAUGUGUCGAGAAGUCCAGAGCUACUUCAAGAGUUUCUGAAAUCCGGUCCCAAGAAGGAACUUUUGAAAACUUGCUUUGAUAAGGACAAGAAAAACUUAGUCUCGUCAAAAGGAAACACCACAGAAAUAGCAAAGAUGACUAACAAAACAAAUAAGAAGCAGGAUGCAAGAAAAGCUUCUUCCAGUCCUAGCAAUCAGAGUGCUUCAAGAAAGCAAAACAGAAAGGGAGAGAAUCCUAUGCGUUUCCCUCCUCCUCCUGAACAGUCUUCAGAAUUUGGAUGCUCAAACUCGUGGAUAUGUAAAAAUUCUGCAUGUAGAGCUGUACUAUCUGUAGAUGACACAUUUUGCAAGAGGUGCUCUUGCUGUAUCUGUCAUUUUUUUGACGACAAUAAGGACCCUAGUCUUUGGCUGGUAUGCACGUCAGAAUCUAGUCAGGGGGACUCUUGUGGGUUGUCUUGUCAUAUUGAGUGUGCCCUUCAGCGUGAAAAGGUGGGGGUUGUUGAUCUUGGGCAAUUGAUGCAGCUAGAUGGUAGUUAUUGUUGUGCUUCUUGUGGUAAAGUCUCUGGAAUACUUGGUUCUUGGAAGAAGCAACUAGUUGUAGCCAAAGAUGCUCGGCGCCUUGAUGUACUUUGUUACAGAAUAUACUUGAGUUAUAGGCUCCUGGACGGAACUUCAAGGUUUCGAGAGCUGCAUGAGAUAGUUAAAGAAGCCAAGGCUAAACUAGAAACAGAAGUAGGUCCAGUGAAUGGUGUUUCUGCCAAGAUGGCACGUGGGAUUGUAAGUAGACUCUCUAUUGCUGGUGAUGUGCAGAAGCUUUGCUCCCUUGCAAUUGAGAAAGCAGAUGAAAGGCUGGCAAACAUUUCUAGUGUCAAUCCAUAUUCUAGAGAGGAUUCACUUCCUUCUGCUUGCAAGUUUCUUUUCGAACAAGUAACAUCUUCGUCAGUGGUGAUAAUUUUAAUUGAACUGUCUAAAGCAUUAUCAGAUGAUAUUAAGGGCUACAAGCUUUGGUAUUACAAGAGUAGAGAAGAGAUGCACUCGAAAGAACCUAAUUGUGUCUUUCCAAGAACUCAGAGAAGGAUUUUGAUAUCUAAUUUGCAGGCUUGCACAGAGUACACUUUUAGGAUUAUAUCAUAUACAGAGAAUGGGGACUUGGGUCACUCUGAGGCGAAGUGUUUCACCAAGAGCGUUGAGAUAAUUUACAAGAAUUCUAAUUUGGUAGCUGGCAAGACUGGUAAGAAAGAGAAUUCCCUCAUUGAAAGAAGUGCUAGUGCAAAAAGGGAGUCUAAAAGCGGGAUGCCGGUUGGUUCUUCUGAAUUUAAGGUUCGUGACCUUGGAAAGAUACUACAUCUAGCUUGGGCUCAGGAGCAAGGCCACUUGGAGGGUUUUUGCAGUGCAGAUAUAGAAAUGUGCUGCACAACAACCGAAGCAGUAAAGCCUGAAACCGUACAAGAAGAAGAAAGAUUGCCUUCGGUUUCACGUGGGCUUGACUUAAAUGUGGUCUCUGUUCCCGAUCUAAAUGAAGAGUUAACCCCGCCAUUUGAGUCCUCGAGGGAUGAAGAUAAUGGCUGCAGCUUGCAGCAGGCUGUUGAUGACGAUGCUGCUUCUCACGAUGUAUUGAAGAAUGGUACUGCAAGAUCACACGGUAGUGGUGACUCCCAGACGUGGACACUUGGGGCAACAGGAGACGUGCCGGCUGUUGAUUCCCGGACAGAGUUUUGCAGGAAGAGGGCAGCGGGGCACACAAACGAAGAGGCACACGAUUGUGACAGCACACUGAUUAAUGGUUCACCAUUCCGAAUCUCUAACGGUUCUAGUUGCUUGGAUGAGAACUUUGAGUACUGUGUGAAGAUGAUUCGAUGGCUUGAAUGCGAGGGUCACGUUACGCAGGAAUUCAGGUUGAAAUUGCUAACUUGGUUUAGCCUGAGAUCAUCCGAGCAGGAGCGUAGGGUUGUUAACACAUUUAUCCAAACCAUGAUUGAUGAUCCAAUUAGCUUGGCAGGACAGUUGGUGGAUUCUUUUUCGGAUAUAAUUUCCAGCAAGAGGCCAAGGAACGGAUUCUGUAGUAAGCUGUGGCAUUAAACAAGGAGGGGAAUUAUUUCUGAUACCGAGGAUUGGUAUUUGCUUCAUGUUUACUAUAUGUUCUUUUGAUAAAUGACCUCUGAUCAAUUUCGCCGUCGUCUCUGUACAGGCAAUUUUUUUCAUUAAUCACAAUCACCGGCAAGAUUUGUCCGGCUUAAAGAUUUGAUCGCUGAUUCAGGAGACAAAUCUCUGAUUUUUCUUUGGUAGGGGAGGCCAUUGGAUGGAAGGUUCUGGGGAGGCAUUUCUUAUUUUUCCUUAACUAUUCUAGAUACAAUGAAGCAGUAGAAUUUCAACCAUGGACCAAAUUAUGUUAUAUUCUCUUACCAUUGCCUUCUUAAAUUCAAAGAAGGGCACAUGAAUAUAUGAUGGAUUUUUAAUUGGUUAAA